UUGUAGCUUUCGGAAUGGUAAAAGUAAGAAGCAAGUAUCCUAACAAUGCGAUCAACUUGUCCUCCGAGGAAAACGAUUUGAACUUUAACAGUGACACAGAAAAAUGUUUAAACACCUCCACUCCAUCCGGAAAAUUACGAUUUAUCAUCCUUUGCGCAUGUCUGACUAUCCUAGCCUUUGCGGUUGGUUUAGUUAUCGGUUUUUUUGCAAAGAAUGAAACCUGUGCGAAUAAUGAACCAGUCGUCAAUCAUCGCAGAGAUCACACUACAAACCGUCAAACGUUUCUUAAUGUCCUUGAUAAGGAGGAAAUCAGGAGAAAUAUUAGGUAUGAUCUGAAUGUUAUUGAAGAUUCCGCAUGCUCGCUAUAUAUAACUAUAUAGUUUUAAUUAGCAUUUCUUGUACUUUCAGCUGGUCUGUAUCUUUGCAUUAUCUUUGUAUUAUCUUUGCUUUAUCUUGUAUAAGUUUUAAUUAUAAAGGUUUAAUUAGUAGAUAAAGCCUGGUUUCCAUGUGGUCUACAAUUACGAGCCGCAAAUUUCCAUAUGAUAUGAUCAAAUGUGCUUUACAUCAAGUAUUACGCUUACCUAAUUAUCAGUAUUUAGCCUAGACUAUUUUAUCUUUUAAUUUACAACAAUUGUGAAUUUCUCCUAACCCACCCUGUCAACUUACCCUGUGGGAGGAAACAGCAACACCUGGAGAAAACCUAUGACUUUCGACAGAGCGUAGACUUUUCACAUCAGUCUGUAGCGACGAUCGAACCUAAAGGUGAAAGGCACUUGCCGCUUGACUACUGUUGUGAACGUAUGAAAGUAAACGAUGCAAUAUCUAGAAUGUCCAUUUAUCUCCACAAUUGGUAAAGACCGAUUUACAUACAGCACCCGUAUACCGCAAGUAUUUGAUGGCGUGUGUUCAGUGUUCUGAUGGCGAGUUUCCCCGUUCUUUUAUCGCGGGUUUUGAUGGCGUAUAGUGAUUUACUCCGGUACGGUAAAGUGUAAAAUUUCCGGGUAAGACUGCAAUUGCAAACAUUAUACGAUGCUGGGUAACACAAUUUACAGUGCAGUUGAAGCCAUCAGCACAGAAUAAAGAUCAGUAACAGAAGGGCCACUCAGCGGUGCAACGUGUCCUCGGAUUUUUAUGCAAAAAUAUGCAGUUUACUGGCCAGAAGGCCGAGCAGCCAGCCAGUAAAGCGUGUUUAUUGGCCAGAAAGUGUCAUUGACUGGCUAGGAAACCGGCGUAAUGCGACAUGCGCGAGGACAGAAACUUCAAAGCUUCCGAUGUAAGUGGCCCUUCUGUAUGGAUCUUUAUUCUGUGCCAUCAGUUCGCCGACGUGAUAUAUGUAAAUUAGUAAGGGAGUAUAUGUCUGCCCAUAUAAUCCCAGAAUCAUUUAAACAUAGUAAUGACGGCAACAAAUAAAUUUAGUUCAUUAAUUAAACACUGCCUUAUUAAUUUAGUUCUUGUUAAUACACUCAGCACGCUUAGAGGUUAAAUGGUUGAAAUGAAUUUAACAUAUUUUGCCAAGAAUACGUAAAAUAUUACGAAAUAAUUAUUUCCAUACGAUGAGCAGUUUGAACUGAUAACUACAGCGCAAUUUACAGCUAAACUGCCGAACUAAAAAAGUGCAAAUAUUGUGCUAAAUAAAACAGCAGGGUGUCAAUAUAAAAUACAAAACAGCAGACAUUUUAAUACUCUCUACUUUCGACUAUGUACUAGUAUUACUGAUCAGGAAUAUUGCUGAAACAGUCGUAUUAAGCGAGAGAAUGUCACAGUGGUUCCCGUGUUUUUGGUGUCAACAUAAACUAUUAAAUCAUUUUCUUUACUACAUGAGGGGGCUGCUAUAACUAUGAACCAAGAUCAUAACAGAUUAUACUGGAAAAUAUCUGAAGCUUCAGCAUAUCUAACACAUCUCCGUAUUGAACUAAUAUGAAGAUGUCGUCUUGUAUACAUUGAGUGAAGAUUGUUCUUAAGGUUUAUUACUCAGAGAAUAUUUCAUCAUUAGACCACAUACGUGCAUGUCCAACCAUAUGCUGUACUCUAAUUAACACGCUGAUUGGCUGAUUGUUUAAUUAAGAACUAAUUAUUCUUUUAUUAAGAACUAAUUAUUGUUUAAUUAAUAACUAUUUAUUGUUUCAUUAAGAACGAACGAAACUAACGUUUUCAGAAAAAAAGGUCAACAACUAACGCCUGGGAAUUUGGCACCAUCUUAACAGUGAAUUAAUGAAAAUAGACGGCCGCGGUAUUUUUUCUGUUAAUUGUGCUUGCCAUGUAGUUUUUUUUCAUUUAAAAUGUCCGCCGAGUACACCGUGACCAUGUUCUCAGGAAUUUUACACAGGUAAAUUCUAAGUUUUGAAGGAUUUGUAAGAAAUGUUUAGUGAAGAAACUGAUUCAGAGUUUAAUACUGACUUCCCUCAAAGAUUUAUUGCAAAUUCUUCAUAAUUUACAAUUUACCUAUGCAAAAUUCCUACUGUGAUCACAGAAACUUUGAUAGUGUAAACCAGUGGCGUAACGUUAUAUCAGGGUGCCCCCGGUUCAAACUUUUCGAAGGCCCCCCCCCCCCUAGUAGAAGUGCCAAAGGCACAAGUCGAGCGCCGUAUAUGCACGAGUUUUCUAGGGGUCCAGGGCAUGCUCACCCGGAAGAUGUUUGAAUCUAGAGUCUCUGAAAUGCCAUUUCCUGGACUUUGGGGAGAGAUUUUACAGAAUUCUGAUGGUCAGAAAACGGCAUUGUCGCUCUAUAGGCUAUAGCCUGAGCGCCCCGAUUUGGCCCAUUGGGGUUGGGGGCCCCCGGGUUCUCCCGGUCCAAGCCCAUGAGUUAGGCCGCUGGUGUAAACCAGACUAUGAAUAACAUGGUUGGCUUUAUUUAGAAAAUGUAUUAUUUAGUCUCCUUGUUAUGGCUUCGUGACGACCAAUAUUUUUUUCUAGAUAUUUUUCCCUCGAGCCUCAUCUCGCUGGAUCUUCACGUUCAAAGGAACUUGCGGAUGAAAUAAGGACACGAUGGGAUAAUUAUGGUUUUCGUGUGGACACACUGGAGUAUGAUGUUUUAUUACCCCGAGCUAAAGAUGACAGUCCAGAUUAUAUGGAGAUCAAAGAUCAGAAUGGGAAAGUGACAAUGAAACAUAUAUUCGCUGCAGUGGUAGGUUCAUUAUAAUGAUGACGUCACUAGUUACUUUUUGUAUAUACUAUUUUUAAAUCAUCUCAUUAUCACAUUAAACGGUAGUAUCUGGAGUAAUACCAAUAUUUAACAAUUAUUCGCCGAAGGCGAGGUGAUUAUCGGGGAAUAUUCCCCGAUAAUCACCGAGCCUGAGGCGAAUAAUUGUUUUAGUAUUUUUACACAAGUUUUUUGUGUUUUUUUUUUUGGGACUGAAUUUAUUUUAAUUUAGCUUAUUUCUUGAUCAGUAGCGGCUAGCCGCCAUUUUGUAAAUUUUGCUAUAUUCACCUGUAGGUGAUAACAGGUUAAUACGUCAAACUUGACCAAUCAACUUGUAGGAUUUGUUAAGUUCACUUGUGCAAAAAUGCUAAGAUCUUAUUUCAAUAAUAUUUCAAUAUUUCUUAGGCAAGCGCUGUUAUAAACCUAUUCUAAUUGUUCAAUGAUAAUAUAAACUUUAUUCUAACUAUUAAAAAGUCCCGAUUUACACUUUCUGGAGAAGCGAGCGCAGUUAUAAACCUAUUCUAAUUUUUCAAUGAUUAAUCUAAAUUAUUCACUGUUUAAAUACUGUUUCCCAACGACUUAUACUCUCUGGGGCCGGCAAUCGCACGUUUUACUUCGAGCAAGCGCAGCAUAUUUUAGAAACUGUACAGUAAUUAUACGACAAAUACGGGAAUAGGAAAGUUAUUGGAACGACGUUUCGCCAAUUAGAAAUUAACAUUAAUUUCUAAUUAGAAUGGCUCAUUAGAAUGUAGGGCAUAUAUAUGGUAGGACGGUUAUAAUACUUAUAAAAAAACGGUAAAUUUCUUGAAAAUUUCGCAGGGCUAUAUUUUUGGCAUUUUACAACAUUUCGCGACCAAACUUUGCAAUUUUACUAAUUUUAACAUGCUCUUUCUAGCUGUGGUGAUGGAUUUUGUUCUUCUUGCCUAGAUCAAAAUUUAGUCUGUAGCUCGAAUCAGCUAUUCCGCUACUUUUUCUCUCUAGGGCAAGUCAGACCCAGACAGUAAUAAAACAUGGAGCAUACCUCGAUUUUUCUUCUAUUCUCCAUCUGGCAGUGUCCAUGGUGGUUUACUGUAUGUUCAUCAAGGAAGUAAACAAGAUUUUCAAUAUCUAAACAAAAUAAAUAUCACUUCAUGUAAUGGUUCUGCUGUUAUGAUGGAAUUUUCCUAUUUUACAAUGCUAGAACAGGUGAGAUAAUGAAAUAUAUUUUUUAUUACUAGUUGACUGAUUAACUGACUAAUUGAUCCAAUUACAGAAUGAGAAUUAAAUUAACUUUAUUUAUAUACUCUAUCAGUUCUAAAUUGUUCUUCCUAGAGGUUUCAGUAAGAAUCAUCUCUCAUUGAUCCAUUAUUACUACAAGAGAAAAAUUAAACUAAACCAACUUUAUUUAUACUGGACAGCUCUAUCAGUUCUCUGUUCUCCCUAGAGGUCCAGUAAGGAUCAUCUCUUAUUGAUCCAGUGUUAAAAACUAAACUUUAUACUGUAUAAUUGUUUAUUUCAGGUGAAAAACGCUCACGAUUGUAAUGCAUCGGCAGUUCUAUUCAUAUUUGACGGGCAGUCUCAAACCUCGGGAAAUGGUUCGGUGUACCCGAACGGAACAAGAUUACCGGAGGAACAACCUCUGGUUCUUGGUUUGCGAAACGGAUGGGAAAUAGGAGAUCCAUUGACACCUAACCUCCCUGCGAGUGACGCGAUGCAUAGAUUAGAGAAUAUAGACUGGCCUGCUAAACUACCAGUACAAAUUGUUGAGUCUGAUGUCGCAAUGAAAUUAUUGCAACAGUUAGAUGGUAUGUGCACAGAAUAGAGACAAACAAAAGCCCGACUUCUUGGUUUUUCCCAUGAUUUUCGCGUAACUGUAAUUCAUCAUCAAAAUGCUGACGCCAUGGUCUUAGCCAGUGCGCUUACGAGAGGCAUCCCCCCCCCCCCUUGAUAAUAUUCAAAAUGGCGAACGUCCCGGAGGGUGAAUGCCUCUCAUAAGCGUACUGGCCAUGGCGUCAGCAUUUUGGUGACGAAUCAUGGCGUGCCAGCGGUUACGCUUAUUUGGCUGAGAAAGUUGAAGAAAAACAGUUGAAGAAAGUUAGUUACCACCAAUCUCUAUAAUCAUGGCUACUCUACGCAAAUAUACGUAGAGAUGUCUGAUGCAACCACAAGGCUUCUGGCAGGAAUAGAUCAACAUAAGUAAAUUUCAAUUUAUAUAGGAAGCCAACUUCCAGCAGAUUGGACGACAGACAACACAACAGAUUAUCGAGUCGGACCAACCCUAAAGAACAAUUUGACAUUUCAUCUCACUGUCAACUCCAAGGCCGAGAUGACGAAGAUCUAUGAUGUCAUUGGUACAGUCUAUGGCCGCGAGGAACCAGAUUCCUGGGUUCUAAUUGGUAACCAUAGAGACGCCAUAACAUUCGGUGCAGUCGAUGCUGGGAGCGGUACCUCUGGUAUGAUGGAGUUGUCACGUGGUAUUGGAGAACUUUUGAAAAAAGGUGAGAGACGAGUGAAUAAGGAAAUCGUAUGAAUGUCAGUGCCGAAGGUUGCGGUUUGUCACAUGCAUGUAGCUACACCAUUCGUUGGGAAAAUUACUUAGAUAAAAUUUGUAGAAUGAACAGACUUAAAACAGAGAAGAAUGAGAAGACUUAAAACAUUCGUUCAGACACUCUUCAGCCCAGAUAUGGAACAGUUUACCAUUUGCCAAGUAUUUUAAAACAUUUGUUUUAAUCUUCUUAAAUACUUAAUAAUUAAGAAAGAUAGGUUUUUUAGAUGGAAUAUUCGAAAACCCAUCCACCAUCUAUCUAUCUCAGACGAUUCUACCUCAACGUAAAGGAACUCUAAAGACAGGUUUACACUAUCAAUGUUUCGGAGAUCACAGUAGGAAUUUUGCAUGGGUAAAGUUUUGAAGGUGAAGUAGGAAUUUUGCAUGGGUAAAGUUUAUUCUAAAAGCUCACUCACACACAAUGAGUGGAGGUUCAAUCUGAGCUUCUCUUGAGUGUCAGUUCUGUUUUUGAAUAGCUGGAGGGUGAGUAGUCACAUAGUAAGGUAUGACACUAACCUUCCAGCUAUUCAAAAACAGCACUGACACUCGAGAGAAGCUCAGAUUGAACCUCCACUCAUUGAGUGUGAGUGAGCUUUUAUGUUAAAUGCUGAACGAGGAACGAGAAACGAGAUUGGCCGCUAACAACCUCCUGUCGAUCUCUAGGUUGGAAACCAAGACGUACAAUAAAGUUCUGUAGUUGGGCGGCGGAAGAGAUGGGAAUGAUAGGCGCGACAGAAUACGUUCAAGAUAACAAGAAACUUCUUCAAGAAAGAGCCGUCGCUUACAUCAACAUGGAUGUGUUAGUUCAUGGUAACGAAAGUCUGAAAGUGUGCGGCAAUCCGAUGAUGGUAGACUUGGUGUAUGAACAAUCCAAGAUGGUGUCUGAUCCACAUGGGCCUCAAGAGAGUAUCUAUUCAGUGUGGAAGAAAGGUAGACCUGAUCCAGCUGCGACAGAUAGGCCUCAGUUUUAUACAUCGGCCUUCGGCUCGGAUUACAUCCCUUUCUAUGAAAUGGCAGGUAAGAUUAUUUGUGCUGAUGAGUACUCUGGGCGUCACCACACUGGACAAUAGAUAGCUUAAGAUGUACGACGUCGACGCCAGCUAGGACGUCAGGGCUAAGCAGAGGACUGGGACUAGGACGUCGUCCUAAAUAAGUAGAUAGCUCAAUUAUCUACGACGUCUAAUAUUUAGGGCGGCAAGCAGAAGUAAAUUGGUAAUAGUUUUUGAAGUGUGCAUGUGUCUCUCUCAAUUUACUCGUCGUCCACCAAACGUCGACAACCUCGCAACAAGAGUUUUACCGUCGUAAAUACAAUAACAAACGGUAAUGAUUCACACGGCUCUUUUAAAUUCAUUUUCAAAAGGAUGUAAAUAUUUAUAGUUUAAAUACCUACGUCGUGAAACUUAAGUGGAAGUUUAUUUAUUUAGUACGACGUCCUAGUCCCAGUCCUUUGCUUAGCCCUGACGUCCUAGCUGACGUCGACGUCGUACAUCUUAAGCUAUCUAAUAAGUGCCCAUUAUGAGAAAACAUGGGAUUGAUAGGGAUGCCACGAAGGUCCUUCAUUCGAAGCGUUCUCCUUGUCUUUUUUAGUAGUUUGUACCCCUAUUAACGCGAAGCAAAGCAAUCUGAAAAUUUUCUUCAUCGCAAUGAUUUCCAUGAGCAAAAAAUUAGACACCCGAGUUGAACCUAACAGACGUUCUAAUUGUGUGUUCUAAUUCAACGUUGUUGUAUUUCAGGUGUUCCAAGUAUUGAUCUCCAAUACGGGAAAGUCCCCUAUGGAUUACCCCAAGCCUAUCAUACAGUGUACGAUACUUAUCACUUGAUAUCCAUGUUUGACCCUCAGUUUCUGUUUCAUCUCGCUCAGACGAAGCUCGCUGCAAGACUCCUGUAUGAACUGUCCAACUUGCAACUCAUUCCCUUCAAUAUUAAUUCAUUUACAAGCUCAUUGCGACAAAUUGUAAACAGAACAAAGCUUGUCUAUGCGAAGGAGCUUAAAGAACACGGAAUUUCUUUAAGUGAACUAUAUAAAGAAGUUAACAAGCUCGCCAAAGCUGGACGAAAAUUUGAAGAGAUUAAAAAUCAAACUAACCCUAAAACACACCCGGAACAAAUUCGGAUCCUAAACAGACGUAUGAGUGCAUUCAAUAAACUGUUCAUCUCCCCAGAGCCAAUACCAGAUAGGUCUGAUAUGCGCAAUCUCGUUCAUGGCAUUUCUCAGAAUUACCGAUACCCGAAUAUUACUUUGGCUGGAAUAUCUGAUGCGCUGUUAGUGGCGAACACUUCUGGAAGAUGGGAAAUAGUGAAACGGCAAGUAUCACUCACACAUCACGCCAUCACGCAGGCAAGACGAUCUUUGGAAAUACCGUGA